UUCCAAAGCUAGGUUGAGGGGGUAGGAAGAGCCCCUGCGCCUCGGGGGCCCGGCUGUGUCAUGGCGGGGCUGCGGACUCCUCGCGCUUGAGUCGCCGGGCCCGUCUCUGGAGACAGAGGCGGGGGCAGGGGGUGGCGGGGCCAGGGCCGGAGUGGCGGGCGGGGCCGAGUUGAGGGAAGCCGCUCCGGACGCCCCCACCCCGGCGCGCCUCAGUGGUGCCGGCCAAGGGAAGGACUCGCGACUGCGGGGCUCGUGCCGCUGUCAGUGCGGCGGGGUGCGCGAGCAGCGCGGCGCAGGGUGGGCAGAGCAGAGAGAAGCUGAGGGGGCGGUAGCGGCGGCGGCGACUCCCGCGCGUGUGAUCAGUUCCUCACGCUGCGGCCGGGGCCGCCUUCUUCCUCCCUCCCUCGCUCCCUCCCUUCCGCCCCCGAGUGCGGCGGCACCGCCUCCUUCCGCGCCGCGCGGCUUCCUCCAGACCUCUCAGCGCGGAGCAUAUUACCCCCCUGCAAAGCUAAAGGCUGGAUUGAUUUCUUUCUCAGUCACCUUUCAAAGCAGGAAACUAGGUGAGCCCUCUUCCCUGAGACAGUUGGUGCUGACCCUGUAACGCAAAAGAGGAAACUGCUGGCUGAGCUCAGCCUUGGUACUGGUGGCCACCAUGUCCUUGAAGAUCCAGACAAGCAACGUAACCAACAAGAAUGACCCCAAAUCCAUCAACUCUCGGGUUUUCAUCGGAAACCUCAACACAGCUGUGGUGAAGAAGUCUGAUGUGGAGACCAUCUUCUCCAAGUAUGGCCGUGUGGCCGGCUGUUCUGUGCACAAGGGCUAUGCCUUUGUCCAGUAUGCCAAUGAGCGCCAUGCCCGGGCAGCUGUGCUGGGAGAGAAUGGGCGGGUGCUGGCUGGGCAGACCCUGGACAUCAACAUGGCUGGAGAGCCAAAGCCCAACAGACCCAAGGGGCUAAAGAGAGCAGCAUCUGCCAUAUACAGGGUCACAGUGCCCCCUGGUGGCCACAGGCCAUGCUGCAGCCUCUGGCCCGUUUGCUCUCACAGGCUCUUCGACUAUCGGGGCCGCCUGUCACCAGUGCCAGUGCCCAGGGCAGUCCCUGUGAAGCGACCCCGGGUCACAGUCCCCUUGGUCCGACGUGUCAAAACCACCAUACCUGUCAAGCUCUUUGCCCGUUCCACAGCCAUCACCACCACCGGCUCAGCCAAGAUCAAGUUAAAGAGCAGUGAGCUGCAGACCAUCAAGACAGAGCUGACCCAGAUCAAGUCCAACAUCGAUGCCUUGCUGGGUCGCUUGGAGCAGAUUGCUGAGGAGCAGAAGGCCAAUCCAGAUGGCAAAAAGAAGGGCGAGAGCGGCAGUGGCAGUGGCAUCGGCAUCGGCAGUGGCAGUGGCAGUAGUGGUGGCGGCAGCCGGCCACCGGCCCCCCAAGAGGACACGGCUUCUGAGGCAGGCACGCCCCAGGGAGAAGCACAGGCUCGAGACGACGGUGAUGAGGAGGGGCUGCUAACACACAGCGAGGAGGAGCUGGAGCACAGCCAGGACACAGAUGCGGAGGAUGGGGCCUUGCAGUAAGCAGUCUGACAGGAGCAAUGGCCACCGGCAGGAGAAGGGCGUACACCGUACCAGGCCUCAAGCUGGGCACCCACCCCUGGAUAACCACCCCCAGCGGGUCCCAGAGGAGAGCUGGCAGCAGGCACCACCUCCCUCACGCGUCCCAGCCAGUGCCACAUUCUCUGCAGGUGGAGUUAUCAGCAUCCCCUUCUCAUGUACCCUCCCUCCCUGUUGGCACUGCCCAGGCCAGAGGGCAGAGCACAGAGUUUCCCUAUACUCUUGCCUCCCCUCCCCAGGACACUCCCAGGCUUGGGGUUUUUCUAUAGGUUUGGAGGGGGGGUGGGACCCACAGGGAGGGGACCCUGACAAUAAAGAGAUUGGAUCCCAGUUUGCUCUGA